AUGCCAUUCCGAAUUCUAUCGAGGACAAUCUCGAGAUCGACCCUCCAUCUCGAUAGACAGACAGCUCCUCUUGCACUUUGUCCGAGCAAGUCAAACCACUUUAGAGGCAGAAAACCCACCAUGCCGUCGUCCAAGGGAAAGCGUACGGAUCCCAAGCUAGCAGAAGAAGCCAAGGAAGAGGCAAAGGCUUCGUCAAAGGGUGGAGCAAGCGGCCAAUGGACGGCCCAGAAGAGUGCUCAGAUGGCUCAGAUCUACGAAUCAAAGGGCGGUGACUACGAGGGCACAGCGGAUUCUAAGAACGAACCCGAAAAGGGCGCACCCAAGGAGAAGCCGAAAUCAGGAGGCGGCAAUAAGCGCAAGGCUGCCCAGGGCAAAAAGUACGACGAGAGCAAGAAAGAGGAUGAUGAUGAGGAGGAGGAGGAGGAGGAGGAUGAUGACGAAGAGGCGGAGGAGGAGCCAAAGGCAAAGAAGACCAAGGCUGCUCCCAAGAAGAAGCCUGCAUCGAAGAAAGCAGACAAGCCAGCUUCGGCAAAGGCUGACAAGCCUGCAGCCAAGAAGCCAGCUUCUAAAAAGGCCGACAAGCCCGCUUCGAAGAAAGCGGAUAAGCCGGCGUCGAAGAAGGCUGACAAGCCGGCCUCGAAACCUGCCUCGAAGAGCAAGUCCUCGACGACAAAGGAGUCAAAGCCGACCAGCAAAGCCAAGGCGCCCAAGUCGAAGGAAGCCAAGCCCAAGUCUGCCAGCAAAGAAGCUUGA